UUUCUAAAAACUAGGAGGGAAUUUAAAAAAUUUCACCGAUGCUCAAAAUUACUGCAAUAUUUGGGACAUUGAAAGUUGAAACUACAGUUAGAGUUAUUUUUCUCUUCCUCCCAAAAAUAGUCCCCUAGGGAAAAAAAAGCUCCAGAAACAAUUAUUGAGUUAUACCUUUGUGAAAUUCAGAACUGGGUGCGGCCACUUGAAUCUCGCUUGCAAAAACUGAGCCUAGCCUACACGAAUUGAGCUCGCCUGCACGAAUCAAACCUUGUCUUUAUGAAGCAAACACAUUGGAUUUUAGGAGGUGAUUUCUAGCCUUGAGUCUUGAUUCGCGAAGUGGCCCUCGUACUUAGGUAUUACAGUGAUUAUUUUGAUCCAUUUGCAUCAAAUUACUCUUCCAAUCUUCGUUUUCGUAAAAAAUGGUGAAGAAAGCGGCACCGAAGAAUCCGGCAGCGAAGAAACUUGAAAUCGAUAAUGUCGUCGCUGAAGUGGCAGUUGAAGGUCCUCGAAUGCGAGGAAGACGGCCAAAUCCUGUUUGUGAACUAAUUCCUGUUGCUAAGGAAUCUGUGGCUAUAAAAAAGAACAAAAAGGCUGGCAAACCGAAAACAAAAGAUAUUGAGCUUGAACCUGAAACAGAACCAAUUGAAGAAGAAGAACCUAAUCAACAACUAGUUUUACAAAAUUCUUCUUUGGUUGACGUUCCACAGCCUGAAACUCAUCAACUUCUGUCACAAGUUUUGAAAGAAGUUGGCGCUGAUGGCCUGCCAAUUGUGUUUAAUUUGGAUACACAAUGUUCAGGAGGAUCAUUGUGUAAAAAUUAAAGACUUCUCUCCUGAACAAAAGGCAGUUGUGCAAGAGAUUGGCUUUGGAGGAUUGUUAGGCCUGCAAUUAAGUCGAAAAAACACUCAAAUGAUGUACUGGUGCAUCAAAUGUUUUGAUGGUGUGAGUUCUUUGUUCACUAUCAGUGAUUCCAAGCAGUUUGAAAUCACUGAUUAUGAUGUGUACGAUAUGUUUAUGCUCCCCCUUUCUGAGUUGGAGGUUGAAGGGGUUAAACGUGGGCGGAAUUCUACGAAUCCUGAUUUGGAUUUGAAGGUCAAGUGGCGAACGGAGUUUGGUUUUGAAGAUGUAAAUGCUCAAAUUCCUGUGAGGUUGCUUGAGGAAAGGAUCAAAUUGUUGACAGAGGGUGGUGAUCUGUUUAAACAAUUGUUUGUUUUUGUUGCUUUUUCUAUAUUUCUGACUCUUACAGCCAAUAGUACUGUAGAUUUACGAUUGGCUAAGGCUUUGGAAGAUCCUAAAAUGAUUCCCAAAUUCAAUUGGUGUAAAUACGUUUUUGAUGUAUUAUGUGAGGAAACUUUUAAAUUUAAAAAUUGUCUAUUGAAAGGCAGAGAUCAAAAGACUUUUGGAGGU